AUGUUCUGUGCGCCUUUAACGGUUGCACCAACAUGGCUGCCAAGCCCGGCAGCAUCGUCAAGUCGUGCACGCCCAGUCGGCAAGCCGCGAGCGAUUCCUCCACGAGGUGCUUUGAUCACUGUCGGUGUCGCAGUCAGCGCUCGGGUCUUGCGCCGCGCUGCAGACACAGACUCGGCUUCCAGCCGGCGGUUAGUGGAAAAUCUACAGCGCCAAGUGGCGAGGUUAGAAGAAGCCAACAGGCAGUUGCAAGCUGAAGUGCUGGCUGCAAAAGCCGGGCUUGGCCUACCAACUGAGGAUGCCGAGCAGGCGCGCUCCAGCUUCGACGAAACAGGACGAUUCGCAUUUCCAAAGGCCGAUCUUCCUUUUCCGUUGGAGUCACUUCGACUGGUACCUCCAGAGCGAGGUCUGGAGUACAGAGAGGAAGAAGGCGAUUGGAUCUCACUUUUCAGGAAUGCGGCGCCCUACAUCGCGGCGUUCAGGGGUGGGACCGUCGUGGUGCACCUGCCCUCCUUCAUGCUGGAAGAUGACAUGCAGGAAACUUUUCGUGGACUGAUGGAGGACGUCGCUUUCUGCUCUUUAUUGGGGCUACAGAUGGUGCUCGUCACCUCCAUCGAGUGCAGGCUUUGGCAGAGGCUGCGACCCGGCGAGGCCUUCUUGGCGAGGGAUGGUGCUGGGACGAAG